UUUUCAUUAUGACGGGAUACAACUAAAUAAAAAUACAGUGAAGUCCUAUAUCUUUUUAAUUUUUUCACAUUCGUGUUACCAUAGUACCAGUAGUACAUUAUCCAUUGAUUGACGCCAUUGUAGUAGCAGUAACGAAGCUCAAUUAGACCUCAGAGAGACGAUGGUGGUCGGAGGAGCUGUAGCAGGUUGCCUCUCUAAAUGUGGAAGUUCGUUCGUUGCUAGGUCUUCUUCAUCAUCAUUUUGUGGAAUUGGUUUGAGGCUGAAUCUGAAUUCGAAUUUAAAAAGGAAAAUUAGACCUCGCCGUGAUUUUGUUGGAUUGUGUGUUGCUAGUUUGAUAACGGAUUCCGAUUCGUUCGAAGUUGGGAGGCUUAUCGGUAGCUAUGGCUUCAUGAACGUCACAAGUUACUCGGGGCUUCAAUCCGGCAUGGCGAUGGAUUAUGCAGUAUCAGAAGAUAUAGGGAACUUUAAAGUACAAGAUAUUGGAGAAGGAAGUGUCAAGAUCAGGCUUUAUGAAGGAAGAGUAGCCCAAGGUCCACUUAGAGGAACUCGGGUUAUUUUUAAGGUAUAUCCUGGACGACAAGUUGGUGGAACUGAGGCUGACAUGAUGGCUGCGAAUGAGCUGAAUGCUCAUGCUUCCCUUCAAAGCAACCCCAAAGAUAUCUGUCCACAUAUUCAAGCACUUCUAGGAGGAUUUGAAACAAAAACGGGGGAGCAGUGGCUUGCUUUUCGGGAUAUUGGAAAAUAUAGUGCUGCAGAUUAUGCUAAAAUUACUAGUGAAAAUAUGUCAAAAAUGAUUGGUGGGGGAGAACAAAGAUUGUGGAACCCGUUUGAGCUGGAUCUGACCAUAAAACGCAGAAGGUAUUUCGUUGUUAGGCUACUUCACGGCACUAUGAGAGGUCUGUCUUAUAUGCAUGACAAUGACAGAUUACACCAAAGUCUUGGUCCUGCAUCUGUUGUCCUAAAUACAGUUGUUGAGAAAGAUGCUCCAUAUCUAAUUCCUCGGCUCCGGGAUCUCGGCUUUUCUGUUGACGUAAGGUAUUCUCAACUUGAAGAUCGUCCUAAUAUCUUGUCAGAAGGACUUUGGAGACGGGCAUCUGUUGCUGGAGCGUCUAGUCCUUUGGAAAGAAGAGCUUUUGGAAUAGCAGAUGAUAUAUAUGAAGCUGGACUGCUUUUUGCUUAUUUAGCCUUUGUUCCAUUUUGUGAAGCAGGAGUCAUGGACAGCAUAUCAUUGCGGAGGCUCCUGGAAAAUACUUUUCAACUUGAUCUUCAAGCUGCAAGGGAAUAUUGUUCUGCUGAUGAUCGCCUGCUAGAAGCUGUCAAGUUUCUUGAUCUAGGAGAUGGUGCUGGCUGGGAGUUACUACAGGCAAUGCUAAAUCGUGACUACCGUGGGAGGCCAAUCGCGGAAGCUGUAGUAAACCAUCGAUUCUUGAGUGGUACUUUCGUGUGAGAUCACAUAGAAUUUGAAUUGCACAUAACAUUUGUGUGCUGCUGAUCCAUAUGGAGAUGAGAACCCACAGCACCAAACUACACCAGUUAUCAACCAUGUAUGUUUCAACAUUGUCUCCAAUUUUGAAGUUCAACUCCUUAUUUUGAUUUAUUUGUCAGAGUUUCGUGAUGGAUCUUUA